AUGCCUCCUAAAAAUAAUCGCGAGAAGACUGCCGAGACUAAAGCUAGGGCUGCAAAGCGUGUACAGAGCGCUGCCGACAAGACAUUUGGUCUCAAGAACAAAAACAAGUCUAAAAAAGUACAAGAGUACGUGCGCCAAGUGCAAGCACAAACAUCAAGCGAUGCAACAUCAAAGCGUGCUGAAGUAGAUAAAGCGCGACGUUUGCAAGAAAAGAAGGCAGCCGAGGCAGCAAGAAUGGAAGCACAGGCAUUACUUGGUGCAGUGGUGCAACAAAAGGUACCAUUUGGUGUAGACCCCAAAACAGUUUUAUGCGAGGCUUUCAAGGCAGGUCACUGUCCCAAGGGCAACAAGUGUAAGUUUUCACACGAUUUGGAAGUUGCACGUAAAACAGCAAAGCGCGAUCUAUAUACAGACGACCGCAAAGCUGCCAAAGAGGCCGAUACAAUGGACAAGUGGGACGAAAGCAAACUGCGUCAAGUCAUCAUGUCGAAGCACGGCAACCCCCGCACAACCACCGACAUUGUGUGCAAGUAUUUUAUCGACGCUGUGGAAAACUCCAAGUACGGCUGGUUUUGGGUGUGUCCCAAUGGUGAUACAUGUAAAUACCGACAUUCGCUACCAGAGGGCUUUGUACUUAAGACUAAAGAACAGAAGUUGGCUGAGAAGCGAGCAGCCGCCAAUGAGCCCCAAAUCACUCUUGAGGAGUUUAUAGAAACAGAGCGGGCCAAACUGCCCAAGGAACUUACUCCUGUUACUCUUGAGACAUUUUCUGCUUGGAAGAUCAAGCAAGAAGAAAAGAAGAAGAAGCUGCGUGAAGAAGAAGAACUUAAAAAGACCAAGGCAAAGGUUAUUUCUGGUAAACAGCUGCUGCUAUCUGGCAAGUAUAUUGAAGACGAAGACACAUCUGAAGCUUGGAAUAUGGAAGAGCUACGACAGCGUGUUGAAGAUGAGCCAACAGAAGAGAUUCGCAAUCAAGAUUACGAAUAUGAUAAUGAUUCGACAAUCCCAGCCAAAAAUAAUGACAACUCUAAUAGUAACGACCAGUAA